AUGGACCCUGGUUCGGCGCAGGUCACUCUGACGUCCGAUGGACCACCGAAACUGUUCACUUUCGAUGGCGCCUAUUACAUGGAUUCCACCGGGGAGCAGAUAUACAACGAUAUCGUCUAUCCACUUGUUGAGAAUGUCAUCGAGGGUUACAAUGGCACGGUAUUCGCGUAUGGACAGACAGGAUCAGGGAAAACGUUUUCUAUGCAAGCCGUCUCAAUUGCGAGCAUCCCCGCUCAACGAGGAAUCAUUCCACGAGCAUUCGAGCACAUCUUCCUCGCCACAGCUACCACGGAGAACAUGAAGUUUCUCAUCCACUGCAGUUACUUAGAGGCUCGUUUCCUUUUCUUAAUUUUUUUUACGCUGAGCAUUGAACACGCAGAAAGGGGAGUCUACGUGGCCGGUCUGUCAAUGCACGUGUGUCACGACGUGAAAUCAUGCCACGAACUAAUGGACAAGGGAUUCAACAACCGGCAUGUUGGAGCGACCUUUGAUGAACAAGGUGCUACCGGCGACCGCUUCAAAGAAGCAACGAAAAUCAAUCUCUCGUUGUCCGCUCUAGGCAACGUCAUUUCGGCUCUUGUGGAUGGAAAAUCGAAGCAUAUCCCCUACCGAGACUCAAAGCUCACAAUGGUUACUACGCAGGUAUGCGAAUCGCGCAAAAAAUAUCAAAAACAAGCCGAAGAUCAACGAAGAUCCAAAGGAUGCGCUACUGCGAGAGUACCAAGAAGAGAAUCGAACGACUCAAAGCAAUGCUUGCCCCAGGGGCCAACG